UUCCUCUCCAAUCCAGCUGCCGUCCCACCGCUUACAAAAUCCGCCUCUCCUCCACCUCCUCCCCCUUUUCGAUCCCCUCACCCCACCGGGCCGCGCACCCGCAAACCCUCCUCGCCGCAGGAAAGCAAUAAACGAGGCCAAACCCCCACACCAGCCACAAGGCAACCCCCGGCCGGCCAUGGUGGUCUACACGCAGGAGCACGUGUACCGGCACCCGUGGGACCGCGUGACGGCGGCGGCGUGGCGCAAGUUCACGGACCCGGCCUCCCGCACGGCGCUCUCCCACGUCGCCGACGUGCACACCCUGCAGCGCCGCGUCGACACGGCCGCCGGCCGCCUCCACGCCGAGCGCUCCAUCACCGUGAGAUCCCCGCCGCUCCCCUUCAUCCUGCGCCGCCUCCUCCCGGCCGCCGCUGCGUCCCCCUCUGGCGCCGCUAUUUGCCACUGCGUCGAGACCUCCACGGUGGACGCCCCGGGCCGCGCCAUGGACGUGGUCGUCCGGAACGUCAGCCUCCGCGGGAUCAUCGAGGUCGAGGAGCGGUCAACCUUCCGGCCCCACCCGGACCGCCCCGACGACUGGACGCAGUUCACGCAGGAGACCACGAUCCGGUGUCGCCCGCUAGCCAAGCUCGCCGCCGUCGCCGAGAAGGUCGAGACCCGAUGCGCCGAGAGGUUCCUGCAGAACAGCGCCAAGGGGAGGGAUGUCGUCGAGCGGAUCUGCCGGUACCUCGAGGCGGAGGCCGCCGGCGCCGCGCCUUCCGCCGUGUGACUCGGUCUGGUUUGCGCCCCCCCUCUUCCCGUAGCCAGUCUUGAUCUGAUCGGAUCGAAGGAUUCGCUCGAUGUGUGCUGCGUCUGCAGACCCAGACUCGCGGCUGCGUUUUGUUUUGUUUUGUUUUGGCUUUCACUUUGUUUUGUAUGAAAAGUUGAGCUGAAUCCUUAAUGGAAUAAAGCUUUGUGGGCAUGGACUUCAUUGUUGUGUUGUUUGCGGAGCAAUUCUAACCCCUUUUUACGCAUAUUCUUGUUAA